UCGCUCACGUCACUCCGUCACAUCCACUCCGCGCGUUCACAAUUCCUGUUGUGCGGUGUGGCUGCUACUCUUCCUCUCUGCUCUGCUCUGCCUACUCCGCAGCAGCUAUGAGCACACAUACACAACACGUACUACGGAAACCAGAACUUGGCUCGUUUUAAUAAAAAUAAAUUCGAUUUUAUUGCUUUUCCCGUCGCGUGUGUGUGCGUGCACUUCUUGGAAAAUCAACACCGAAAUUGUAUAUGUGCAAAGUUUCAUAAAUCGACGACUACGUGUGCUGCCUGUGAUUCUAUUUCGCAUAACUGACAUAAGAUCAUCGGAGGAGGAAGAGCUGUUUCCCCAAUUCUAGCUGUAUCUAUAACUGUACCGAUUAGGUAGCUUUAUCCACCCGAGAAAGGUAGCACAAAAGCGCGGCAAGAGGAGAGCACAACCCGGCCCGGCCACGUCCAGGACGUGGGCUAACUCCGCCCCACCACCACCUCCACCAACAUCCCGCUGUGAACAUCCCUUUCACGUAUCAACUGUGUCCGCAUACCGCCCCAAGAUGGACGACGAUCAGCAGUUCUGCCUGCGCUGGAACAACCACCAGAGCACUCUGAUCAGCGUAUUCGACACGCUGUUGGAGAACGAGACCCUAGUCGAUUGCACGCUCGCCGCCGAGGGCAAGUUCCUCAAGGCCCACAAGGUGGUUCUGUCCGCCUGCAGUCCCUACUUUGCUACCUUACUCCAAGAACAGUACGACAAGCAUCCGAUCUUCAUACUCAAGGAUGUCAAGUACCAGGAGCUCCGCGCCAUGAUGGACUACAUGUACCGUGGCGAGGUCAACAUCUCACAGGACCAGCUGGCCGCGCUUCUCAAGGCGGCAGAGUCGCUGCAGAUCAAGGGCCUGUCCGAUAACCGCACCGGCGGAGGCAGCUCCGCGGUCGCACCCAAGCCAGAGUCCUCGCAGCAUCAUCGCGGGGGCAAGAUGAGCGGCGCCUACACACUGGAACAGACAAAGCGCGCUCGCCUGGCCACGGGCGGAGCAAUGGACACCUCUGGGGACGUGUCCGGAUCGCGCGAGGGCUCUUCGAGUCCGUCGCGUCGUCGUCGAAAAGUCAGACGCCGCAGCCUUGAGAACGAUGUCCACGACAACUCCAACUCGUCUGUUCUGCAGGCAGCCGCCUCGAAUCAGUCUAUCCUCCAACAGACAAGCGCAGGCCUCGCCGUCUCCGCCCUGGUCAGCACCCAGCUGUCCGGUGGCGGCAGCAACGCGGCCGGCACCAGCCAAGUCCCGACCCAGCAGCCAUUGACCAGCACCAACGUUACCAAAAAGACUGAAAGCGCUAAACUAACAUCAUCGACAGCCGCCCCAGCUCACGCCGCCACUGCGACAGCAGCCGGCCAGCAGCAGCAGCUGCAGCAGACCAGCGAUGCCAUCAACACCGAGAACGUACAACCACAGAGCCAAGGCGCCCAAGGCGAUGUCGGUGAUGCCGAUGAUAUGGAGGAGGUGAGCGCAGCUUCCGGAGGAGUCACUUCGGCGGCCUCAGGCGCCGGUGCGUCCGCUGGAGCCGUACACACUGGUGUCGUGGUCAAGCAACUGGCAGCCGUCGUCGAUAAGUCUUCGUCCAAUCACAAGCAAAAGGCCAAGGACAACAGCGUGUCGUCCGUGGGCUCAGAAAUGGUUAUCGAGCCCAAGGCCGAAUACGAUGAUGAUACGCACGACGAAAAUGUAGAGGACUUGACACUUGACGAGGAGGAUAUGACAAUGGAGGAGCUGGACCAGACGGCCGGCACCAGCCAGGGUGGCGAAGGAUCUAGUCAAACAUAUGCAACAUGGCAACACGACAGAUCUCAGGAUGAACUCGGACUCAUGGCACAGGAUGCACAGCAACGGGAUCCACAAGCAGCCAACAAGCAGGACAAGGCUGAGCAAACCGAGAGCACACCCGACGAAUUCGAGCUGGACGACUGCCUGCUGGAGAGCAACGACAUUGUCAUCACACAGAACAAGGAUGGAUUCGUCUUGCAUGUAAAGAAAUUGGGCAACAUUACGGCGGCGAAAUUGGGCGCCGAUGAGAAUCAGGGAUCGCCACUACAAACAACAGCAGCGGUCACUGUCACUGGACCGGCUGGACAGCCCACGCCCACCAUCACGGAGCUCCUGAAUGCUGCAGUCUCACACUCAGAUGUCAAGCCGACGCUGAGCACAUUGACCACCAGCACUCCCAUCAAGCUGCCCUCAUCGGAAUGCGAGCUCAUCAACAUUAAGAAGAUUAUACCAGCCACCACGACAAUAGCCCAUCAUGCACACACAGGCUCGACCAUUAUACAUCCACAUCACAUCAUACAGCAUGUGCCACAGGAGUCGCAUCAGGAGCACCAGCACAUCCAGAUCGAGGAAGUGCCACAGACAUCCCAGCACCAGCAUCAGCAUCAGCAGCAUCAUCACCAGCUGCAGGGCCAGCCGACACAUGCCCAAGUACAAAACAUCAUCACAUCCCAUACGGGGCAGACAAUCAAUCUGGUGGGUCUGCGCAAUGUGCAGUUGACGGAACAGAAGCCGAACAUUGCCUCGAGGAUACGCUACACGCGUGGCAAGAUCAUUGGGCCGACGGUGAGCAAUCUGCAGAUAGUGGAGACACAUGAGGCCAUCCAGCAUCAGCACCACGAGCUGUCCGAUGGCACCAAGUAUGAGAUUAGUGAGAUCGAUUUGAACAAUCCGAAUGCGUCGGCGUCCAUCAUCAAUGACCUGGUGAAGUAUGCCGAGAUUGAUGACAUUGAGCUGCCGGACGGCACCAAGAUUGGCAUUGGCUUCGCACCCACGGAGAUCACGGAGCAUAUGCAGACAUCUGGAGGGGAGACGCACAUAACUACAAUCGAGCACGAGCCGCAGGAGCUGCACACCGUGCACCAACAUGAGCACGAGCCGCAGACGCAUCACAUUCAUACCACACAGCUGCAGACGCACCACAUUCAGACGGUAGUGCAGUCAGAUCAGCAGCAGCAUCACCAUCACGAGCAGCAGCACCAUCACCAUCAUCACACGAGCAUCGAGCUGCAGGAGGAGGAUGUGGAGACUAUCAUACCCGAGGAGAUGGGAAUGCAUGACUCCAGCAAGAGCUACACCAUUCUUACCACACGUCCCAUGAAGGAGGAGUCCGAUGCUGGCGGCGACCCUUCUGGCAUGACCUACGAACUGUCGCUGAGCGACUCCUCACUGGGUCCCUGCGAUGAUCCCGAGUCGCGCUAUGUCUGUCGCCACUGCGGCAAGAAGUACCGCUGGAAGUCCACGUUACGCCGACACGAGAAUGUCGAGUGUGGCGGCAAGGAGCCGUGUCAUCCCUGUCCCUACUGCACGUACAAGGCCAAGCAGCGAGGCAAUCUCGGGGUCCACGUGCGCAAGCAUCAUCCAGAGAAGCCGCAGCUGGAGAGCAAGCGAGGACGCAAGUAGGCGGAUAUAGUAAGCGAAAAGGAGAGGCAGGAGUGAGUAUUUAUGCCUCUCACAUGUUGAGGAGAAUACAAACAAAUGAUUCUUUGAGGUUCUUUGACUUUUAGACCAGUUUCUAUAUUUUUUACAAUUUUAUCAGCCUUUAUUCUUGUUUACAUACUUUUUAAUCUUAACUUUCUUAUUUGUUGAUUAUUUUUAUUAAGUUGGAGAAUUGAUUUCCCCAGUUCUCGAAAGGAAGAACAGAAACAACAACUCCGCUCUGUGAGCAUUCAAUUCAAUUUUAUUAGGCUUUAAUUUUGACGUCUUCACAUUAAUAUAUCGACAUAAUAUGUAUGUAUGAUUCAUCGUAAUUUACAAAAUUACAAAAAACCACACGUAAACCCUCAAAACAGUCAACAUCAUAGGAAAAAUAUGUUCAAUCAAUGUGCAAGUAUUUUCAUUAAUAUAACAAAGAAUAUACAAAACAAUUUAGAUGAAAAGUAUGAUUAGACUUAACAAAUUAAUUAAUUAUAAUUAGCAACGUGUUUCUGUGUGUGUCUUCUCAAAGCCAACUAGAAACUUUCAAUAUUUACGACCACUGCAACGAGGCCCAUACGCAGAUGAUGUUUUUUUUUUGUUCGUAGCGAAAAGGGCACACAGAUUUCGUUUCGUAAAUAUCACAAAUAUUUUGAUGUAAUCUACUUAAGUGGAGCUAACCGACAAACUAUCGUGUAAAUGUUGCAAAAUAAAAAAUUGCCAACUUGUCUAAAUUGGAGGCUUACAAAAUUGACAUUGUAGAACUUUGUUUUCAAGAAAUUUAUAUAUAAAUAUAUAUUUACUAUAAAUACUGUAAAAAAAACAACAAAAAAACAGUUAAAAUACCAUUUUGGUAGAUCGCAAUCGUAAAAACGAAUAAAAAGGCAAAAACCUUCUGACACAAAUAGCGGACAUUAGUUAAAUUGAUUGUAUAUCUACAAAUUUACACCCCCCAACACUUUAGCAUAUUUUCUCAAACAACAACAAAAAA